AUGAGGUGCAGCUCACCUGAGGAUCUCGACGUCUGCGAUAAAGAGAAUUCUAGAGGAACGAAAAUGGCAUCACCAACAGUGCGCCAGCCGCCGAGGACAGCGGGCCCGCCGCAGCCGUCGCCGCCCGUCGUCGCCCGCGGGGGGACCGCGUCUGGACUACCGCCGCCCCCGCGCCGCCCCCGCCUGCCCGCCGCUCUUCGCCGCCCGACGGCGACGCGGUGCCUCGCAAACGUCUGUCAGCAGCAGCUGGUCUCUGGCCCCUCCUACACGCUGUCUGUCUGUCUGCGCAGUGUGGCAGCCGCAGCAGGCAGCAGUCCCACGCCCGGCCCUCUCUCGCAGCCACUCAGCGACCACAGCCGGACUCCCACUACAGCUGCACUGGACGUGGCCGCCGACAGCACUCCCACACCAGAUGACGUCGCAAUCUCCCCCAUGCGUGUGGCAGCCGCAGCAGGCAGCAGUCCCACGCCCAGCCCUCUCUCGCAGCCACACAGCGACCACAGCCGGACUCCCACUACAGCUGCACUGGACGUGGCCGCCAACAGCACUCCCCCGCCUGAUGAUGCAGCAGUCUCCCACUUCCGUGUGGCAGCCGCAGCAGGCAGCCGUCUCACGCCCAGCCCUCCCUCGCAGCCACACAGCGACCACAGCCGGACUCCCACUACAGCUGCACUUAACGUGGCCGCCGACAGCACUCCCACACCAGAUGACGUCGCAAUCUGCCACAUCCGUGUGGCAGCCGCAGCAGGCAGCAGUCCCACGCCCGGCCCUCUCUCGCAGCCACUCAGCGACCACAGUCGGACUCCCACUACAGCUACACAUAACGUGGCCGCCGACAGCACUCCUCCGCCUGGUGACGCAGCAGUCUCCCCCAUGCGUGUGGCAGCCGCAGCAGGCAGCAGUCGCACACCCAGCCCUCUCUCACAGCCACUCAGCGACCACAGCCGGACUCCCACUACAGCUGCACUGGACGUGGCCGCCGACAGCACUCCCCCGCCUGAUGAUGCAGCAGUCUCCCCCAUGCGGAGUCUCCCUGGAGAGGAGAAGAACCAGAGGCUGAUCCAGGCGGCUCAGGAGGGCGCAGCCAGUCAGCUGCGUUCACUGCUGGCGGCCGGGGCGGACGUGGGGGCGAGGGAUGGGGACAUGAUGACCGCCCUGCACUGGGCAGCACUCGGGGGAUACGAGGAGGCAGUCGCGUGUCUGCUGCAGGCCGGUGCAGAGGUCGAUGCCAGGAACAACACGCAGGGCACACCUCUGCACUUUGCAGCGUUCUUCGACCACGCACCUGUGGUGCGGCAGCUGGCGGCGUCCUGUGCUGACCCGAACGCCAAGAGCAAUCACGGGGUGACCCCGCUGCAUUUGGUGGCAUUCAAUGGCCACGUAGAGGCGGCGACGGCACUCCUGGAGGCAGGGGCCGACAGAAGGGCCAGGACCAGCGACGGGGAGACGCCGCUGGACGCCGCCAGGCAGAACAACCACCGUCAGCUGAUAGACAUGCUAAGAUGGAGCUAG